AUGGAUGACCGAUUUUUGAAUCCACCAUCUACAGCUGAUCAAGAUGAUACUACUCAACCACUUGAUGCCAUCUUUGGUGAUAGAGUAAGGAGAUUUCAAGAGUUUUUAGAUCGAAUUGAUUCUAAUACAGGUAUAGAUUACAGAUCCAUUAUCAAAGAUAUGUUAAUCAAAAGCAAGUUUAGAUUAAGUGUUUCAAUUGAUGAGAUAAGAGAGUUUGACAGAGAAUUUUGGUUAGGGUUGCUCAACCAACCAGCUGACUAUCUACCAGCUUGCGAAAGAGCUUUAAGAGACACGGUUUUGGCUAUUUACGACCCACAGGAUCCAAGCUUUCCACAUGAUAGUUAUGACCCCAAUCAACAGUAUUAUUUAUCAUUUAAAGGAGCUUUUGGAGGACACUCACUUACUCCUAGAUCGAUUGAUUCCAGCUUUCUUUCCAAAAUGGUUUCCAUCGAAGGUAUUGUGACUAGAGCUUCAUUGGUAAGACCAAAGGUUAUAAGAUCGGUUCAUUAUGCUGAAAAGACAGGGAGAUUUUAUGCACGUGAAUACCGUGACCAAACAACAUCUUUUGAUGCAAUUGCAACUCCGGCUAUAUAUCCAACUGAAGAUAUGGAAGGUAACAAAUUAACUACAGAAUACGGUUAUUCCACUUACAGAGAUUAUCAGAAGAUUUCUGUACAAGAAAUGCCAGAAACAGCACCUCCAGGUCAAUUACCAAGAUCGGUUGACGUUAUUUUGGAUGAUGAUUUGGUGGAUUUGACAAAACCAGGUGAUCGUGUUCAAAUUGUUGGUGUAUAUCGUGCCUUAGGGGGUGCCGCAAACAAUAGCUCUUCUUUCAAAACAGUUGUUUUGAGUAAUUCUGUCUACUUGCUACAUGCCAGAUCAACUGGGGUUGCUUCUCAAGAAAAGUUAACUGAUCAAGAUAUUAGAAAUAUAAAUAAACUUGCAAAGGAUAGAAAGAUUUUUGAUAUUUUAUCCCGUUCGUUGGCUCCUUCAAUUUAUGGGUUUGAGUAUAUCAAGAAAGCUGUUUUGCUUAUGUUGAUGGGUGGUGUUGAGAAAAACUUAGACAAUGGUACACACUUGAGAGGUGACAUUAAUAUUUUGAUGGUUGGUGACCCAUCCACCGCCAAAUCACAGGUUUUGCGGUUUGUGUUGAACACUGCCUCGUUGGCUAUUGCCACCACUGGUAGAGGAUCAUCAGGUGUAGGUUUAACGGCAGCUGUCACCACUGACAAGGAAACAGGAGAAAGAAGAUUAGAGGCUGGUGCAAUGGUAUUGGCUGACAGAGGUAUUGUUUGUAUUGAUGAAUUUGAUAAAAUGUCAGAUAUUGAUAGAGUGGCCAUUCACGAGGUGAUGGAACAACAGACAGUCACUAUUGCUAAGGCUGGUAUUCACACUUCAUUAAAUGCUCGUUGCUCAGUCAUCGCUGCGGCUAAUCCUGUUUUUGGACAGUACGAUGUCCAUAAAGAUCCACACAAAAACAUUGCGUUGCCCGAUUCAUUAUUGUCUCGUUUUGAUUUGCUAUUUGUGGUCACAGAUGAUGUUAACCCAACAAGAGACAGGGUCAUUUCUGAACAUGUUUUAAGAAUGCACAGGUUUGUUCCACCUGGAUUGAUGGAGGGAGAACCAAUCAGAGAAAAGUCAGCAGUAACAUUGGCUGUCGGAGAUGAUGAAACCAACGAACAAGAGUUAUUAGAACAACCGAUGUUUGAAAAAUUCAACACAUUAUUGCAUGCUGGUAUUCAAAACAAAAAGACGAAUAAUAUUCUUUCAAUUCCAUUCUUGAAAAAAUAUGUCCAGUACGCCAAGCAAAGAGUGCAACCCGUGUUGACGAAAGGUGCGUCCGACUACAUUGUUAGUACAUAUUCCUCCUUGAGAAACGAUUUGAUAGGUAACAACCAAAGAAAUACUGCUCCAAUAACAGCAAGAACUUUAGAGACAUUGAUUCGUUUAGCCACAGCUCACGCAAAAGUCCGUUUAUCCAAAACCGUUGAUGUGAAAGAUGCAAAGGUUGCUGAAGAGUUAUUGAGAUAUGCAUUAUUCAAAGAAGUAGCCAAGAAGACAAAAAAGAGACAAAAGACUGCCAACAUAGUGGACUCAGAGGAAGAGGAGGAAGAGGAAUCCGACGCGGAAAUGGAAAAAUCUGACGAUGAAAUAAUUCCUAGACAAAGUACUAGAAGAACUAGAACCGCAGCUCAAACACAGCCUCCACAGCAACAACAACAAGCAUCUCCUUCGCCGACACCCGAGCCACCACUUGGACACCGAGACGAUGGAGAUGACGAUGGAGUUGGUGAGGAAUUGGAGCAAUUCCAUUUGUCAUCAUCUCAACAACAACAACAACAGUAUUUGCAGCCAUUGACAGAGAGAUCAUCAAGCAACAUUGUAUCAUCUACCAACACAAAUGCAAUCAGCAUUGAAAGAUUGAAUAUUUUCAAGAGAAUACUAGCCCAGGUGUCACGUUCUUCAUUAUUUGCAAACGAACAGGCUGUGGCAAACUAUCGUGAUGUUACUCGUGCUAUCAAUGAACAAAUGGAACAAGAAGACAUUUUCUCAGAGCAAGAGUUGACUGCUGGAUUUGAGGUGAUGAGUUCUGAAAACAAAUUUUAUCUAGAAAGUGAUAAGAUUUGGAAAAUUUAA